AUGAUUGAGUCACUCACCGUGUUGACGUUCAACGUCCGAUCGAUGAAGAACGCAGUCAACCAAGUCAAAAUCAUCCGUUAUCUCAAAACCCUUCGGCCGGCCCCUGCGGCCAUCCUCCUGCAAGAGCACCACCUCAGCUACAACGCGUCGCGCGAAGGCUUCGAGAGUGCUUGGCCGGGGGCUUGUAUUCGUUUCACUCCUCAUGUCCUUACCCUCAUACCCGAUGGCUCACCUUUGGCGGGCCAUCUCCUUUCCUCUACCCCGGUCGUCUUUGCAGGAGCUCCUCGUUUCGACGGUCGGAUUCUGCGCUCGGUGUUUCGUCUUGAGGAGCUCGAUGUCGAGAUCAUCAACAUGUACGCGCCGGUGCAGGAGGACGAUCGUCGCGACUUUUUCGGGCUUCUGCACUUCAACGCCCCGAGACCCAAGACUCUUCGGAUCUUGGCCGGCGAUCUCAACGAUUGUCCGGAUGUAUCGGUCGACCGAGUGUCCAUCACCGAUCGCGCUUGGACUCCUGUAUCGCACUGGCAGACCUUGCUGUCAAAGAUCGCGUUCAAGGCACUCGACACGGUCCGACAUGUCCAUCCUUGCACCCCUGCAUUCACUCGUCCUCACUACCGUGGUAGAGGGGAAGAGCGAAAGAUUUGCUCGUGGUCGCGGAUCGACUAUAUUCUUGUCCAAUGCAGUUGGGCGAACCGGUUGUUGAGCGCUUCUACGCUCUUCGAUGCGCCCUGUUCGGACCACAGACCUGUAGUUGCGACUUUCGCUUUGCCUACAUCGAACGCUGAUGCCGAACCCCCCCUUUCUCUUCCCUCCACGAGCGAUUUCAUUUCGAGGCUCAACCCAAUGGUCUUUGACGAUCAAGACUUUGUCGCAUCGAUUCCCGGGGUCGUCGACGAGGUCUAUCGAAGGCUCGAGGGGACCGCUCCGCUCGGCGACGUCUAUGACGCCGCUCUGCGGGCGGUUGCAGUCGCUGGCCAUGCACGAUACCGCUCGACUCGUGCCGACAUGCGCCGACUGCGGGCCGAGAGCCAAUCCGUCAUGGAGGCUUUGGAGGCACGCGGUGAGCACAUGAAUGAGGCCGAGCGCGAUGCGUAUGCUCUUGCCAAGUCGCGGUUGGACCAGUUGGCGGUAAAGGAGGCUCAGUGGCUGCGCAUUCGUGCGCAUGUGCCGUCAGUCGACUCGAGGGAAGGUCAAUCGGCAAGCAUUCGCACGCGCCUCAACCGCCGGAGUCGCCAGACGAGCAUCGUCUCGCUGGAGGAUGUGGAUGGCACCGAGACCGUUGACAUGCAGGAGGCGCUGGGUAUUGCUUCACGGCACGCGCAGUCGCUCUUCACGCCGGACCCAGCUCGUGGCGACCCGACGAACGCACGCCGGUCCCUGCUCGACCCUAUUCGCGCAGCGAAAUGCUACGAUGACGACCGCUCGGACCCUACGUUCGGUCGUCGGCUGCCUCGUCAAGCGAGAGUGGCGCUUGACGAGCCCUUCACCCUCCUCGAGGUUGAAGCGGCGUUGAAGAAGACGGAUUCGGGGCGAUCACCGGGGCCCUCGGGCAUUCCGUACGAGCUCUUCAAGGCGCUGCCAACCUACUUUGCUCCCAAGCUGUUGGACUUGUUCAACUCGAUUUGGGAGGGCGGCAAAAUGACGGCGUCCUUGGCAGAGGGGCUGGUGCGGCUCUUGCCCAAGAAUAAACCGGGGGCCAAUCUGAAAUCACUGGGGGCAUACCGACCGAUCACAUUGCGCGAGACGACCUACAAGGUCCUCAGCAAGGUCUUGGUGGCGCGACUCAAUGGGGUGCUCGGCGAGCUUUUGCCGCCGGCGCAACACGGUUUCAUGCCAUCAAGACGUUCAGCGGACGCGGGAAGUCAUCUCACUCUCCUUCUCGAAAAACUCAAGUCGCUAGGCACUGAUGUUUUCCCCGAGGGCGCCCUCUUGUCUUUGGAUCAGCAGAGCGCGUACGAUCGGGUCGAUCACGCCUGGAUCUUCGAGGUCUUUGAGGCCUUUGGGUUCGGUGAGCGUUUCAUCUCGCUGCUGCGCGCUCUCUACGAUCCCGAGACUCUGGGGGUGCGCUACCUUGUCAAUGGGUUCCCCACGGACUUGGUGCGGUUGCUGUGUGGUCUCGGUCAGGGGGAUCCCCUCUCGUGCCCGGUUUGGAACAUCACGUUCCAGCCCUUCCUCGACGCCCUCGUUCGGCGCGGGAUCGCGCUCGACCUGCAGAAGGUGUGGCAGGGGGGCCGCGUGCGCAGCUUACGCAUCUGGCGUUUGCCGACGAUGCUGUGGUGGUGGUGGAGUCACCGGCGGCAUUGUCGAAGCUGCAAACGCUGUCGCAGACGUGGUACGAGGCUACCAACGGGAAGACCAACACGGACAAGACGCUGGUGCUACCACUCGGACCGAACUGGCUUCGGGACGAGACUGCGCAGGCGCUGCCAACGGUGCAGGAGGGGGAGAGCUUCAAGUGGUGCGGCUAUGCCUUCUUUCGCCACGGUGACUCGAAACUGUUUUGGACCCAUGUUCUUGACAGGAUCAAGGCCAAGACCCGCGCCGCUCGAGACCGGACACUUUCGCCGAGUGGGAAGGUUUUCUAUGCCAACGCUCACAUCAUCUCGACGGUCCUCCACGUGCUGUCCUUCGACAUACCGCCUCAAUGGUUCAUUAAGGCGGCGGAGACGGCACUUACGGACUUUGUCUGGGGAGGAGCAGGGCGAAAUACCGUCGCUCGCGAUUUCGUGUUCCAGGCUCGGGAGGACGGUGGCUUGGGUUUGAUUUCGAUUGGCGACAUCGUUCAUUCGGUGGCGCUUCGAUUUUGGGAUGCUGUGGCGGGCUCGGACGAGGCGAUCUGGGCGCCCCUAGCUCGCGAGAGCUGGAGGUCCCUCGUCGCUGCGACCCGCGAUUUCAGUCCGUGGGGGUUCUUCAGCAGCACGGCUCGGGUCGAGAAGCUGUAUCGCGACUCGACGCGCUGGGGGGCAGUCGUUGCAGCGGCCAGGGUCACAGUUCCAACCAUCAAGUCCGAACUCCUUACGCUUCCCGAAUUGCUCUCGCUUCCGCCUCGCCUCCCUUCACUCUAUGCUGAAGGUGCCCAGCACGCAUAUGACGAUGCGGACGCGGUGGCGAAGUUUGCGCAGAUCGCGGACCUGUACUGGAGGGACGAAGGGAAGGGAUGGGCUCUGGUUGGUCAUCGACGCGGGUUCUGGCAGCACUCUAAGGAACCCGCCCUACAGCACGAGCACGUGUGGUCGCGCGUGGGUCAGUUGCUCAAGGCGAAAGCGUUGCUGCCCAAGACCGCGUUGCGACCUGCUCGGAUACCUCUCAAGGAGGCUCCCCGUCCUCGGUGCUUCAACUUCUUUGGGCUCUCCCGACCUUUUACGAUUCGCAAGCUUCGUCGGCUUGUGAACAAGGUGCGGUUCCCAGGGAGGGAGGACCGUGUCAAGCGUUUCCCUGAUGGGACUUCUCAGAGCGAUAGGAAGCGCUUCUGGAGAUGGCUUCGUGACCGGUUCGCGUCUGCUGUCGAGCAGGACACCCACUGGCGGCUCAUGUACGACGUGACGCCGACGCGCAAGAGGCAGCAUACUCAGGGUCAUGCCUCUUCGCCGACGUGUCUGUUCUGUGGCAACGAUGCAGCGGUCAUCGAGACGGUGUCCCACUACUUUUUCGAGUGCGCGUACUCGACCAGCUUCUGGGGUGGGGUGCUACGCAUUCUGCUUGACAAGCUCGGCAUCGAGGAUACCGACGUCGAUCCGUCGACGUUCACUCCGGAGCAGCUGACUAUGGGGCUCCCCCUUUUGCGGGGUCGUGGGAGAACGACCUCGAAAUGGAUGUGGGUUCGGCUGGCCUGCGCGAUCGGUUUCCAGCGGCUGCACCUGCUCCGCUGGCGCGUUCAUCAGCGGUUCGAGCUGGACAACGUCGUGGCCCCUCCCUCGCUUCCCAGUGCGCUCAGAGCGUUCGAGCGAGAUUUUCUCUCUCGAGCGGGUUUUGUGCCUGGGGUUCGAGAUUGGGAGGUGUGAUGACCGAGUUAAGUCCUUCCUUCCCAUUUUCCUCCCUUCCUUUCCUCCCUUCCUUUCCGGUCAGAAGCUGACUGUCUUGAAACUUGUUGCGCAGUGGAAGGCUGCGCACCUCUCCCUCUCUCUACUUUGUGCAGUAGCGGUUUUCGUUCUUGGAUGGAUCGGCAAGCCGGGUCGAUCGUCGUUGCGUUGGAGGCUUUGUGAAGUUCUCCCCUCUCUUUCCCCCCCUUUCUCCCUUCUCUUCCUCAUCUCGUUCCUGUUGCUCGGUUGUUGACUACGCUUCAGCCACUUCUCCUUUUAUUCCUAAGCCGUGUGUUGGAUUCCGUCGAAUAGAUCGUUCGUUCGCGUUGGUCAAGAUCUACGGCAUGGAUCGGGAAGAAAGGUCGCUCGUUUUUUUGGUCAAUAUCCUCGCGUCAAGGCGAGGCUCGUUUCGUUGUAUUGGAUCGUUUUCGCUCGGCCCCGACGGCUCAACAGCCAGCACUCGAGACUCAGCCAAGGGAGGACAUCAGGCGCUGUCGGGGUGACGAGUAG